AUGCCGCUUUCGAAGAGGAACGAGAAGGUUCUUCGCUCCCUAGCGAGGAGCGUGGGGAAGCUGAGUCAAUUCUUUGACGACAACCAGGUCUGGAAGAGUCUCCUCUCCAACGUAUAUCGAUAUGACAACGAAAGGUGCAGCAAGUACAACGAUUUUUUAAAUGCAUAUCUAAAUAGCAGUGUUCAUUAUUGCCCCAUAAAGUCAAAUAAGAAGAAAUUGAGGGGGGAAUUGAUUAAAUAUUUGCGAGAUAGUUUGAAGAAUGGAGACAAGGAAUCCACGGAGGAUGUCUUCCUUGUGGGUUUUACUGCCAUUAGGCACCUUGGAAGGGUUAAGAAUUCGUUAUUGUUAGCGUUGUCCUCCACAGGGAAUCUACCCGUAGCGAAUCUGCCCGCAGCGGAGAGGUACAACACCCGGGUGUGUGUGCCGAGCAGGAAGAACAUAUGGCAUUGUGAUGAGGAGAAGGAUCUGUUUAGGAGGAAUUUCCACGUGGUGAAUUUUGGCGCGGUGGAGCAGGAGGACUUGUCUGGGAAGGGACCCAGCGGGAAGGGGAAGAGGCGCUCUGGGGCCUACAAGAAGGGGGAAAUGGGGCAACCAACUGGGGGGGACGACAUUGGUCAAGUUAGCAGGGGUGAAGAAGUGAGCGGUUUGAGUGAGGCCAGUGUGGGUGGAGAAGUCAGCCGUUUCAGUGAGGCUAGUGGGGGUGGAGUAGUCAGCGGUAUGAGUGGGGCCGAUGCCCAGGCAGACAAGACCAGCUUCCCCGUAAAGCGAACCAAAAGCAGCAUCGUGCUGAAGAAGCCCAACCAGAAGCAUGAAAUAAAAAAGGGGAUGAUCCUUGUCGCCCAUCCACUGACUUCCAGCACGCUGUGGAAUAGAUCCAUCAUUCUAAUCACUCACAGGGAUAAGAGCAACCUGGUGUGUGGCAUCAUACUGAAUAAGCACCCCUUGUAUAGCAGCUACAUGGGGAUGUCCAACGAGAGGGAAAUUGUGAAUAUACUGAACAAGCUUUACUUAAGGAAGCGAAAUUUUGUGAGUCAGUUCGCCGAGGGGGUUGGUGGCGGUAGUAGCGGCGGUGGUGAUAGCGUUAGUCGUAGCGUUGCUGCAAGCGGCGAGGUGGCCAGAGCGACCCCUCCGGUGGAGGAAGAACCGCAAAUUGAAACCCCCCCAAGUGAUGCAACUCGCGUACAGACAGAGGGAAGCCCAGAAAAGGAUAAGCAUCCAAGUGUGGGAGCGGAAGAAGGCCUCGUUCUGCUUCAAAAUCAGUGCAUCGCAAAGGAAGAGGAGAAAAACGCUCUGGAAAAAAAAGAUCAAAUUGAAACGAGGAGGGAAUCACGAUGCGAUCAUCAAAGCAGUAGUGAUGAAUUUCCUACGCUGAAGGAUCUUCAGGAAAUGUUUUUGAGAAUUCAGUUUAGGAGCUCUUCGAAGCAUUAUGCCAGCAGACAGAGGAAGCAGAAGAGUGUCCUCACCGGGGAUGGAAGCUCUGAUGGUAUGCAUGGCAGUAGGAAGAACAGCCUCUUCGUAAUGAUGGACGAACAUCUGCUAGAUAUAAUCACACACUAUAUUAUCAAACUGAACAAAGUGCCAAUAUACCUCCGAUUCCUGCCAUCCUACAACAUAGGAUCCAUCAUCGAUAUAAAAAAAGAGAUCAAAAAAUUGCAGUUUUUAAAUGAAUUCUACAAAAUAUAUUUUGAAAAAUAUAACAAAUGGAAAGUCGUUGUGAUUAAUAAUCGUAUCCAUAUAUUCGACAAAGAGAAGAAGAGAAAAAAGAAGAGGUUCUCCAAGAUGAGUGUGCAUGGAUUGGAGGAGGCACACGAGGGGAGAGCCCUGGAAGAAACGCAGAAGACAGGCAAGCUUACGGAAGAGGAGAUACAACAGAUACAUAGGAAAAUAAAAAAAUUUCAGGAGACCAAUCAGUUGUGCGAUGAUGACGUGGAGGGGAACAACGAGCGUAGUGACAGAGGGGAUGGCCGUGGAAAGCGUAAGGAGAGGCAGAAAGGGCAACGAAGGAAGAGCGACAAGAGGAAGUCGAUGGGGAGAUCCGGCGCUAUGCAGCAACCGGUGGGCGCAGAUGUGGAAGCGGAGGACGGCAAGUGGGUAGCGGGGGAGGAUCAGGCUGGAAGUGAGUUUGAAGAGAGUGACCCGGAGGAGCAGGAAGAAGAGGAAGACGAAGAUGAAGAAGAAGAUGACGAAGAAGAUGACGAAGAAGACGAUGAUGAGGAGGACGACAAUGGCGAGGAGGCUGACGAAGUGGAGGAGGAUGACCAAUUGGAGGAGGAAGCCUACCAAAAUGGAGGCAGUAGCCGGCGAGACAGACUCACCCAAGUGCACACAGCGCAAGAGCAAAUGGACAGCUCCGCCUCUGCUAAAGGAACCCGAAUAAGCAAAACGAAAGUAGAAGCAACGGUCAAUGGGAACGAUGCGGGCGGAAAGAACCACUUGGGGAAGAACCCCCUGGAGAGGAACCCCUUGAGCUUCUUCUGGCUGGGAGGACCCCUACCUGGACUGACCAUUCUCCACAACAUAAAGAAGUUUUCAAAAAAUACCGUCGUGAAUGAUUUUAUCUAUGAGGGGUACAACGAGAAUGUUAACUUUAUGGGUUCGUCGGACAUGCGUGAAGUGAAUGACAGGCAUGAAGUGAGUUCCAGGGAUGAAGUGGCUACCGUGCAUGAAGCGGAUGGCAGGCCUGAUUUCUUCUCCGAGCAAGGUGAACCCCUCGAUGGAACGAAAAAAGAAAACCCCCCCACGGAAGUGCGCCCGCACAAUGAAGAGAAUCAACCCAAGCGGGUAGCCCCAGCCCAUACGGAUCCCAUACACGUAGAAAGGGACAACCAUAACAGGAAGGGGGAAGCCACCCAAGAGGAAAACAAACUCAUUAAGAGAUUCAUCGGGAAAGCCACGUGGGACAUAAACCAACUGAUGGACGAACUGAACAAUGACUACUGGAUUGCGCUCAACUGUGACAGCAAGGAAUUGCUCUCCAGCAUUAUUUUUAACACCGGUGGGAGUGGCCCCCCUGGAAGUGUGUACAAGGGAGAGCUCCUGUGGGAGAAAAUCGUGGCCUCCAUAAAUAGCGACUACGAGAGCAUAUCAAAGAUUCCCCAAAGUGUGAUUGAUUGUGUGCUGCGCGAUUUCAGGGGCGUGGAGACUGACUAG